CAUUUCCACUUCAAUGCAGCGACCAGCGGUUUCGCCUGCUGAGCGAAGUUGAGUGAACACGCCGGGAGACGCGCUGCCUGGAUUCAUGUGGCACCUCCAUACUCGCGGUCCUCUUUUCUGCGGCGCCGGGGGACUUUUAAUCAUUGUCGGUUGCGAUAGAAACCCGUUCUGCUUUGGGGAAUGCAUUUGUAGACACUAAUAGUUGAGUUGCAACCAUUAAACGCCCAGCUAUUAAGUACCUGCGGAUCCACUGCAGGGUUUGUUUUUUUUUUACCAGCAAGCGGGAUACCGCAAGGAUCUUUACAGAAGUGAACAAUGCUUACACUAGAGACUAUCAUUUGCACUUUUUCUGUGCUGUCUGUUGCAGCAAGAGCAGAUUUUAAGACACGGAAUUGCAGCGAGGUGAGGGAGGCAUGUGUCGGGAAAGGCUUCAGCUUCGCACACGUUCCUCUUCAGGAGAUCCCAGGUGAACAUCUUCGUGUAUGUCCUCAGGGAAACACAUGCUGCACCCAGGAAAUGGAGGACAAAUUUGGCCAACAGAGUAAACAGGACUUUGAGAAUCUGGCUGAUGAAAUGAGUCAUGAAUUGAGAAGUACCUUUGUUUCCAGACAUAAAAGAUUUGAUGAAUUCUUCCUGGAGCUACUGGAAAACACAGAGAGGUCUCUGAAUGAGAUGUUUGAGAAGACUUAUGGCACGCCUUACAUGCAGAACUCAGAGGUCUUUGCGAACCUGUUUGCCGAGCUGAAGCGCUAUUACACAGGAGGAAAUGUUAACCUGGAGGAAAUGCUUAAUGACUUUUGGUCGCGGCUGCUGGAGCGUAUGUUCACACUGCUCAACUCCCAGUACGUCAUCACUGAGGACUAUCUGGAGUGUAUCAGUAAGUACACCGACCAGCUCAAGCCCUUUGGAGACGUGCCUAGGAAACUCAAGGCUCAGGUUACCCGGGCAUUCAUCGCUGCACGCACAUUUGUCCAAGGACUCUCUGUUGGCCGGGAGGUGGCCCAGAGAGUGUCUAAGGUAAACAGCACCCCAGCCUGUAUCCGAGCACUGACCAAGAUGCUGUACUGCCCCUUUUGUCAGGGCAUGCCAGCAGUUAAACCAUGUAAAAACUACUGUCUGAAUGUAAUGAAGGGUUGUCUGGCCAAUCAAGCUGAUCUGGAUCCAGAGUGGAACCAGUACAUUGAUGCCAUGCUGCUGGUGGCACAGAGGCUUGAGGGACCUUUCAACAUUGAAUCUGUCAUGGAGCCUAUUGAUGUCAAGAUUUCAGAGGCCAUCAUGAAUAUGCAAGAUAACAGUGCCCAAGUCUCCUACAGGGUUUUUCAAGGCUGUGGCCAGCCAAAACCCGCAGGAAUGACUAGGUCUACCCGUGGUGUUUCGGAUGUGUUCAACGCUCGCUUCAGGCCGUACAGCCCAGAGGAGCGGCCCACCACUGCAGCAGGCACAAGCCUAGACAGACUGGUGGUUGACAUAAAAGAGAAACUGAAGCUGUCAAAGAAAUUUUGGUCCAACCUGCCUGAGGCAAUGUGCGUGGAGGACAGAGUGACCGCUGGAAAUGCCAGCGAUGAGGAGUGCUGGAAUGGACACACCAAGGGCAGGUACUUCCCUGAAGUUCAAAAGGACGGAUUGACCAACCAGGUUAAUAACCCUGAGGUGGGUGUGGACAUCACUCGCCCAGACACCUUCAUCCGCCAGCAGAUCAUGGCUCUGAGGGUGAUGACCAACAAGUUGAAAAAUGCCUACAACGGCAACGACAUCUACUUUCAGGACUCAAGCGAUGAAGGCAGUGGCUCAGGCAGUGGCAGCGGCUGCACAGAGGUUUGCCCCACAGAAAUGGACGGUGCUGCCACUGAAGCCCCAGUGGUGGAAGCUGACCGGAGCGGGCCUGUGCAUGACUCUGCCCAACUCUGUGCACCCUCUGUAGUCCUGCCAACCAUGCUGGCCCUCUCAGCCCUGGCACUCCACCGACAAUGGAGAUAAUGCUGGAGGAACCAGCUAAAUAUGGACAGCAGGGUUAUUUUUUUCUUUUUUGCAGUUUUUGUAUCCAGGCAGUUUGGAGCUACAGUCAAGCAGACAGUAUUCAGGCUGCCAUCCUCAAGGCUAGAGGAGUCUGCUCUGAAAAAGAGAGCGGUCAUGCAUCAUGAUUUCCCACUUUCCCAAAGAUCAUGCAGUGCCAUCCUUAGACUUGAUAUUUUGUGGCAUCACUUCACCAUCUAACACUGAUGCCGACCCAACAAACUCUGCUUCAGAGAUUUCUUGCACAUAUGGCAGGUAUUAAUGUAGGUCUCCAUGUGGACAAAUAUAACAUGCGCUUUGAUUGUUUUGAUUUUUUUAAUGCAAAAAUUGUUUGUGUUGAAAAAUGUUGAGAAUGUGGUUAUUUGACCUAAGAGAGGCACAAUAAGUUAAAUAUAUGUUUAACAUUAUAUUUUGAAACAAAUACAAAGGAUAAUGACCUAUAUGGCAAAAAAUGUGGUUUCUACCUACAAUUUUUAUUAAAUCCUUGUUCCAUUGUC